AUGGGCUGUACACUUAGUGGACCUUCUUACACGAAGGGCGGUAUUCGAUUAGUGUCCACGAAACUCGCUUUCACCAAGGGUCAGCUGCAUAACCUGAACACGUAUUUCCGGAAACUGGUCGAGGAGGCUGAGAACGAUUCCUCGAGCUCUACCGCGAUCGAAGCUAUCGUCGAGAGAUUGGUUCAACGUUUGAUGCUGGCCGUUGGUAAUCUCGAUCGGAGAUUUUCAUCAGUGUUCCUCGUUUCAUUGAACGAGCCGCGACGGACGAAGCGGCUCAGGUUCGAAUACUUGCUGCGAAUAGACGCGCUGUCUACCCCGACCUCGAGUUCCGAGCUAGAAAUCUCGAGAGUGAGCGUCGAGGAGGAUGCAGGUCUACCGGGCUUUAUUCGGUUAAAGCUACUCGGCACUGGAGCGAAGCCCUGGCGGGAGUACGCCGAUGGCGCAGGGAGAUUGAGGAGGGAUCUCGUGAAAGCCAAAUUAGCAAAUUUGUUGGCUGUGGCUAUUAAACGUGACAGCAUCGGUUCAACGAACGGGGAGGAGGAGGAUGAGGAGGCUUGUGGUUCACCGGGGCAAGUGGUCGACGCCGAGGUCCUCGACAAAAUACUGAAGCAACCGGACCAUUGUCGGGUAUUUUACGGAGCCGGUAACAUUCUUGAAUUAUUGGGAAACUGA